AUGUCCGUCGUAAAUUCCCAGCCGCGGAAGCCCGGCGCGCUCUGGCGGGCCGCGUCCACCUUUGUCAUGGCCACAACCGGCAUGCUUUGCCGUUCGUUUCUUUACGGCCUCAAUGAUGUCGAGGUCGUUGGCCUCGACAAUUUCUUGAAGCUUCUCGAUGCACGCAAGGACGUCGAGUCCCGGCAGCGAGGGCUGAUCACAGUCAGACUCGACGAUCCAUUGAUAUGGGGUGUUCUCCCGUUGCGGUAUGCCAUAGACCACCGUAACCUGCGUUGGAGCCUAGGUUCUCACGACAUCUGCUACAAGAACAGCUUUGUCGGCCAUUUCUUCUGCUCUGGGCAGACUCUGCCCACCCACCGUCUGCGCCACUCGCCAUGGGGUGGUCUUUUCCAGCCGACCAUGAACCAGACCGUGCGUCUACUUUCGGCCCAGCCGUUGCCGGAUGACCACCCUAAGCUCGUUUCUCGCAUUGAGAGCCUCUCUUCCCCCUCCUCCCCUUCCUCAAUAUCAGACGCAUCCUCCUCCUCAGCACCAUCGGACUCAGGACCAAUACCGCCGGUACCGGCUACGUCCUCGAAGUCCCCUGCCAACCAGGUAUUCGCCUCGUCCUUCUCGCCCUCCCUCUACUACUCCACAAACGGCGCCGACCGUUGGCCCGCACCCUCUGCCUUUGCCUCCAAUCGCCACGCCUGGGUCCACGUCUUCCCCGAGGGCCUUGUCCACCAGCAGCGCGACCGCGGCCUGCGCUACUUCAAGUGGGGCGUGGCCCGCCUCAUUCUCGAGAGCGAACCCACCCCGGACAUCGUGCCCAUGUUCAUUGACGGGCUGGACCGUGUCAUGCACGAAGAGCGCACGUUCCCGCGGUUCCUGCCGCGCAUUGGCCGGAAGAUCCGCGUCGUUUUUGGCGACAUUCUCGACCCCGAGGUGUUUGCCGACUUGCGCGACCGGUGGCAGCGUCUGGUGGCGCGCAGCCUGCGGAGUACAGGACACAGCGGCGCCAGAACGGACGGCCCGGACGGCACCACGGCCGUGGAAAACGACAUCGACCUCAAGUACGGCGAGGAGGCGCAGCAGCUGCGCAAAGAAACCGCUCAUCGCAUGCGGGAAGAGAUUCUGAAGCUUCGACGACGCUUCGGAUACGGCGAGGAGGACCCACGCCUGGGUCUCGCCGAGACCUGGGCCGACGAGCCGAACAAGAAGCGCUAUCGCAGCCAGGUGGACGACAGCAUGGUGUACCGGGAAUGA